UGGAACGAUGCUCCUGCUUCAGACAUUCAUUUCCAUGAUUGGAUUAUGUUGAUCCGAGUUGAUUUGGCUGAGCUACGCUCAUACAAGGUUACUUCAGUUGAGCAACAUAGAGCAUGGUUAGAUGUGUGGAUUGAUGUAAUCCCUCUUUGGCUGUAUCUCGGUCAAAUCAACUCGGAUCAACAUAAUCCAAUCAUGGAAAUGAAUGCCUGA